AUGUCUGUGAAUAACCCGACUCAUCCUCUCUCCCCUUCCUCACAGUCCUCUUUCACCGACCGUCCACUUCGCCCAACCACCUCGGCCCGACCGAGCGACCAGUCCCUCCGCAUAUCCGAUGACCACCCUAUAGAUGAGGCUCCACCCCAACACGCCUCGCCGAUCACCUCUCCAACCCACGACGGCGCGACAGACGACCUGGGGCACGACGAUGGAGAAGAAAAUCUCACAGGAGGCUUCCACCAGCCCUUCCAGCCAUUCUUCACUCUGAUCCAAGAUGCCCAUACAUCAGACCACCACCACCCAACAGUGCACUAUAUCUUCUCCGAUGACGACACGGACAUUGUAACGGAAGCCGCUCUACGCAGCUUGGAAGCUCAGCACGAGGCCGCCCCGGGAUCCAGAAAAGCCGAUGGACGUUCAACAAACCCAUCGCACAACCCCGCAGAACACCACGACAAUGACAAGUCCGCGCUCCUCCCGCCGCCGAUACCGGGGGUCCGCGACAACUACAUCGUGCUAGACGUUGAACCGGUGACCGUACCCGCGGCGGGGACUACACCAACCGACCCAUGCACAACCGCGCCCGUCACAGCCGGCGCAGGUGGUACAAAGUCCAUGUCCACUUCACCGGCGAACCCGUCCACCCUCGCAGCCCAACAUCCAUCCCCAGGCUCGAGCGUACCACAGCCCCAGUACCGCGUAACAUCAGCGAAGAGUUUUUCGCCGACGUGGCAGGUACUCAGUAGCGAGAUGGUACCGGCGCCAACAUUCGAUAACCACGAUACCAGUGACGCGCCGGGGCACGGGUUGAUGUUGAAGAUUUAUGGGACGGCGGGGAUUCCCGGUGAAGUAGGGAAGGAUAAGGCGCCUCGGUUGGAGGAUAUGAUGGAUCAGUUUGCGAAGAGGAUGCGCGAGUUGCAAAUGGUUAUUGAUGCGGCGGAUGUGGCACCUCCCGAGGAAGGAGAGGGGGUUCAGGAUGAAGAAAGUCAAGGACUGCUUGGGCAGAAGACUGCGACAGAUGAACAUAUGGCGAGCAAUGAGGCUGCCAAGCAGGAAGGAGUACAGAGUGAAUGA